AGCCGCCUGGUUCAGUGAAUCUUUUUUUUCUUGAGAAUGACAAACUCACACACAUCUGACGAAGCCUUGCUGAUAGACACGUGUGUGUGGAGACCCUCGAAGGAUACUAGACAAAGAUGCUCGCGGAGGCACUUCUGGCUGCUCUGGCCCUACAAAUCACAGUCGAGGGUGGCAUCGUGCAGUGGCAGUACUACGGCGACUACCCGCAGGUGAGGCUCAGGCAAGGAAAGCUGCAGGGGAGGAGCUACCAGUCUCUCAAGGGCGCCAACUACCACUCCUUCGUCGGUAUUCCGUACGCUCGGCCGCCCGUCGGGAGUCUGCGGUUGCAGGAUCCCGUGGCAGCCGACGAGUGGGACGGCGUCAGGGAUGCCGUGGCAUGCCCCCCGAGGUGCCCCCAGGUGGUUGGCACGGAGAUCGUAGGAAGCGAGGACUGCCUCUACCUCAGUGUCUUCACUCCCGAAGCUAAGGCGGAGGCCGGACACCCCGUCAUGGUGUACAUCCACGGCGACGACUACCUUUCCGGGGGCCUGGACGACUACCCGCCGCUGCCCCUCCUGAACCACCCGGUCGUGCUGGUCGUUCUCCAGUACCGUCUGGGCGUCUUGGGAUUCCUAUCGACGGAGGAUGCUUCUCUGCCUGGUAACCUAGGGCUGAAGGACCAGACUCUGGCCCUCCGCUGGGUGCAGGACAACAUCCGUGACCUCGGUGGUGACCCAGACAAGGUCACUCUCUUCGGGCAAGGCAGCGGGGCGCAGUCUGUCCACUACCAGAUCCUGACGCCGUAUUCACGUGGACUUUUCUCCCGUGCCAUCCUGCAGUCCGGAUCCGCCCUUUGCCCUAAGUAUUCAAGGGGCAGACACCACGAAGCUGCCGUGCGGGUGACCAAGGAGGUGGGUUGCCAGGAGCAUGUCAACCUCCUGGACUGCCUCCGCGGCGUUCGAUUUGAGAAGCUCGUUUAUGCUUAUAUAGACUUGCAGCUGUGGAAUGGCCUCCCGUACACGAUGGUUCCUCGAGUAGACGGCGACUACAUCCCUGCAGAUCCUGCCAUUCUCCUUUCCUCUGGCUCCUUCUCGAAAGUCGACCUCGUCCUUGGCAUCACAAAGCACGAAGGAGCAUUAAUGACAGCAACCAUGUUUUCAAGCUGGAGCCCCGUAAAUGAACUCGGGACCAAUUUCAAACGAGCUGGUUCUGUGUCCCUGAGCUUCGAAAGUGAGAUAGAACCUGGACACCUCGCAGGCGUCAGCUAUUUCUACUAUGUUGGAAACAAUUUAAUCAAUAUCAAGGAAGUUGCUAAUCUCACUCAGUUGUACACAGACCGGUACUUCUCGGUUUGCACAGACCACACGGCCAUGUUGCACGCCCAGCAUGGCUCCAAGGUUUAUUUUUACGAACUCGACCAUCGUGCUCUUGCCUCGAGCACUGACAAGUUCCAGCUUUUUUUCGACAGCAAGUGGGUAAGCCACGGAGACGACCUGCAGUACCUCUUUAGUGGCAGCAAUGGCUUCCCUUAUCUGAGGACCCAUAACGACCUUUUGACGGGUGAAAUAAUCACGACUCUUUGGACAAACUUCGCCAAGACAGGCAAACCGACAACCGAUGACUCAUUGGGCUUUGAAUGGGAGCCGGUGACCAACUCCUCCUUGGCUCACCUGUCCCUGUCACCUUCACCCAAGAUGCAAGGAGACAACCGCACGCAGUUGCGAAGUUUCUGGCAGUCCCUUCCAACACGUCAGAACACAAUCCUGUUCCCCGAGGAGGUGGGCUACUUUGUAAUGGAAGCUUCGAAGAGUGACAACCAAGAAGCCCUUCGAAGCGCAGACACGGAGGACACCGACUCGGGGGCAGAUGGGGAGGAUCAAAAGAAUGACAAUUUUACAGAAGAAUUGGUUAACAAGAUCCUGAGUGAUUCUCUAGGGGCCGAAAUGGCAGAAAUCGUUGGCGGUUCAGCCGUUGUUGUAGACGAUAUACGAGCUGAAACUGAUAAUGGCAUAAAAAACACUGGGAGUAAAGGUAGAAUCAGUGACCCUCUGGUUAAGGGUGGUAUAGAAGAUCUCUACAAAGAUGACAGCAAAGUAUCUUCGAAUACAGACGAUACCAGACACACUGUCAACAAGGAUGACGUCAAUGAAUCUUCAAACAGCAUAAAAGACGAAGACAAAGAUGAAGAUGAAGAUGGUUAUUCCAAAGACCUUUACAAUAAAGACGACCGCAAGGACCUUUUGAGGAAGAAGUAUUACGACGACAUUGUAAAGGAAUACGGCCCUGAGAGCGUGAGGAGUGAAGGGGAUAUCAAAGACCUCAUAUUCAAGCACAAGCUGAAGAAGUUGGAAGAAGAACAGAAAGCCGUUGAUUCUAAUGAUGUGUUCGACGUCGGAGCAAAUGAUUUGCCAGGAGGGCAUGAUUCGGAAAGCGCUCAAAGCCUUGCUCAAACAGAAUUGGCUGAAACCCCUACUCAAAGGGAAUACAGAGUUACCGAUGCCCAAACCGAGCACACUGGGCCUGAUGCCCAGACUGAACACACAGAUACCAACAUCCCUGGAGAAAAUACAAACACAGACACCCAAACGGGUCACGCCGGUGCUCCCAUCGAAGACGGCAGCACCCGGCAGAAGGCAACAGACAGCGACUUCUUCAUUGUAAAAAAGAUGAUAGACUAUGGCGACAUGUACCAAAUACUGAAGGAAAACGAGGAAGCCACGAGGCAGUACAAUGCCGCCGUCAGACUCAAUCCUUCCAUGUGUACUUUUGGUGAGGACUGCUAAGUAAAAAGAACAGUGUGAA